AUGUCUCUGUCUCCAGAAGCACUCGAGGAGCUUCUUGCCCAGCCAGCCCUGCAGCCCCCAGCGGGUGUGACCGCAAACUUUGGCAAUCCCUCGAACAACAAUGCACUCGCAUGGGCAGUGACGACGGUCUGCGCUGUGGUAGCGACCAUUUGCCUGCUUCUGCGAUUGUUCGCUCGAGUGUGGCUGGAUAGAAGAAUUCGCCUGGAAGAGGUCUUGAUGAUUUGUGCAUAUGGCGCCUAUUGGGGCACGGCCUAUGCAGGGUACUCCAUGAUCUAUACCCCCGGAUAUUAUGUCCAUACCUGGAAUCUACGCAACAGAGACCUGGUCCGGCCUCUCUAUCUAAUCCUCAUCUACGGCUGCUGCUACUCGGCCACUCUCCCUCUCAUCAAGACGGCAAUUCUGCUCGACUGGUGCAGGAUCUUCGACCCCAUUGACCGCACGAGAAACGCCUUUUGGUGCGGUUGCAUGGCGGUGGCUACGCUUCAGUGCGUCUGGGGGCUGCUCUGCAUCAUCCUGCUGAACAUGCAAUGCAGGCCGCACGAAGCCAUCUGGAAGUUUUAUCUUCCCAGCAAGUGCUACUCCCUGCCAGACGUGAUGCUCGCCUCUGCGAGCGUGCAGGUUGCGUCGGAUAUCAUCAUGUUCGUUCUUCCGCAGAGAAUCAUCUGGCACCUGCAGAUGACGUGGCAAAAGAAGCUUGGUAUUUCCGUCAUCUUUGGCGCUGGUAUACUUGCCUCCGUUGCCGCCUGCUUCCGCCUCGCCCACACCGUCGGCUUCGCAAACACAACAGACACGAUGUAUCUGAUCGGCCCCCUACUCUUCUGGGCUUGCGGCGAAAUGACCUGCGGCUUCUUCAUCCUCAGCGUGCCCUGUCUCUCCAAGCUGAUCAUGGAAUCUGGACUUCCGCGCCAUGUUAAAGUCUCGCUCGGCUUUGCUCCUAAACCUAGCAAUCCGUCGUACGAGGAAGGACAGCGAAGCAAAUCGGGAAGCUCUGGUCGGCGCUUGAAACUGCAUCCUAUGCAGGCCUGGGGAGGUACAGACACAAUAUGGUCGAGGAUCGAAGGGGGUGAUGAAAACGAGAGGGAUAUAGGCAGGUCCGAGUCCCAGACAAAUCUGCGUGGUGGUGAUAAUGCAGUACAUGUUUCAAAGACGGUGGAGGUCAAUGUUUCUCAAGGGAAUUCUCGAGAUACUGGUAUGUCUUGA